GAGACGAAGAUGGCAUCACCUGAAAAUUCCAACUGGGUAUUAGAUUAUGGUUUGAUCGAAGACAUUCCUGUCCCAGGCGGUGACCUUCCUUCCCUUGAUCUCCCGGGGUCACUUUGGUCUUCUCACUCUUUUACCCCUCCUAGGUCCCUUCAUUUCUCUCCCUGUUUUCUUUUUCCAUUUAUUCUCUGUAACUGAUUUCAAUUUUAUGUGCCAUAUAUGUUCAAUCUUUUUUUUUUUCCUUUCGGUAUCUUGGAUGCGUGAUGCUAAUGUGCAAUAGACUUCUUGUGCUCUAUUUCAUAUCGAAUGCAUGUUUUUCUGUCAAAUUUUUUACCACCACAAAUUGCAAAGAAUGGUGGAACUCACUAUUGACACUUAAACUGAAAAAUGUUCUGCUUAUAAGCUUCAUUUUUAAACAGAAAAAUGUGUUGCUGCUGAUGCAUAUGAGAAUCUAUUUUAUCAAUGCUCUGACUCAAAACUGGAAGUGUUAAGUAUAAAUGUAGGGUAUGUGGUUAUGUGCCAUUUGUUUUAGGAAUGCGGCAAUCCCCCAAAUAUAAACACUUGCGGUUAGGAUUUCUUUAUUCAUUUAAUGUCUUGUUUGAUUCUCGAUUCAGUUGUAAUUGCCAAUUGACUGAUGAGUUAAUUUGAAGAGGUUUCUAAAUAUGUUAUGCACAUAACUUUUUCUUAAGCUGCAAAAAUCUUACUUAAGUUUUGGUCCUGGCUUGGUUUUAAAUAUUUCGCUUUGGUUGAGGUUUGAAUUUUUUUCUCUAGGCAUAGUAGAGCGUAGUAGCUUACAAUUAAAAAAGUGUUUUUGGAUAUAAUUUUACAGAUAGAGCACUGAUUUUAGGGUUGUUGACAUAUGACUUCCUGAUGACCUUUGGUUUUUUGAGGUGAUGAAAUGUCAAUAAACAAUUUCCCUUUUCAGUUCUGUCUUAUUUGUUUUCUGUGAUUGUAGUUGAAGAUAUUGGUGUUGCUGAAAGCACAUUAUAACUUAUCUUUCUGUGUCUCUCUGUUUAUACGGCAAUCUUGCUAUGUGUUUUUUUUCUUCUUCUGGUAAUCUAAAUGUGCAUCUUGCCAUAUGACACAGCAAACCUUCAUGUCUUUUCUUGUUAUUUUCUCAGUGGGGAAUUCGAUGAAGCAUUUGGUAAUUUGGAUGAUCUCAAGGAGAUUGGUUUCCGAAAACGUAUUGUUUCUCAGAGUAAGGUGUAGUUCAUCUAGUUCUAAAGCAUGUAGAGAGAAAAUGCGAAGGGAUAGGCUGAACGAUAGGUUCAUGGAGUUGGGUUUGAUCUUGGAUUCGGGAAGGCCUCCAAAAGUGGACAAGUCUAUCAUACUGGCUGAUGCUGUUCGAGUGGUAACUCAGUUACAGAGUGAAGCCGUGAAACUGAAGGAAUCAAUUGAGAGCUUGCGGGAGAAGAUCAAUGAACAAAAGGCUGAGAAGAAUGAGCUUCGAGAUGAGAAGCAGAGGUUAAAGACUGAGAAAGAGAACCUUGAGCUUCAUGUAAAAGCCUUGAGCUCUCAGCCAGGGUUCUUACCUCAUUCCCCCGCAAUUCCUGCUCCAUUUCCUGCCCCAAGCCAAGUUAUUUGCAACAAGUUGGUGCCUUUUGUUGGCUAUCCUGGAAUUCCCAUUUGGCAGUUCAUGCCUCCUGCUACUGUUGAUACCUCACAAGAUCAUGCUCUCCGUCCCCCUGUCGCUUGAGUUUGUGGGCAUAAUGUACAGAUACAAACACAGCACUUUCUACUGCCUUUCUGGAUCUUGCUGGGAGGGCUUGUAUUGCUCACUACCCGUUUUGGUUAGUGUCUAAAAUUUUUGACUUGUAACCUGUGACAGUUUAUUGUUCAGUAAAAAUUUUAUAAAUUUUUAUGUA